GCAGCCUCUCCUGCCCACAUCCACUCCAGGGUGAGGAUGACAGCAGCACUGCCCAGCCUGGCUCUGGCCCUGCUCUGCCUGCUGCAGGUAGGAGCCCAGGUCCCCGUGCAGCCGGAUUUGGACACCAAGAAGUUUGCAGGGGUGUGGUAUGUCACAGCCAUUGCUUCCAACUGCUCCAUCUUCCUGAAGAUGAAAGAUGGGAUGAAGUCACCCAUGGCCAUCAUCAGCUUCAUGCCAGAAGGAGACUUGACCAUGAAGUUGGUCUGGCCCCUGAUGGACAAAUGCCAAAAGUUUGAGCUGCUCUUCCAGCAGAGCGGGCAGGCGGGGCACUACAUGGGUAUGUGUGGAGAGGGGCUUUGGAGCCAUGGGUACCCUGAAACAGAAGGCAUCUCCAGCCCCCAUGCCUCAGGAGUAGUGGAAGGAGCACAAGAGAAGAGGAAUCUGCGUGUGAUGGAGACAGACUACAGUCAUUAUGCUGUCCUGCACGAGGUCCAGCACAGCGAGGCAGAGCCCAGCACGGCGCUGCAGCUCCUCACAAGGGAGCAGGACGUGAGCCCCCAGCUCCUGCAGAAGUUCAUGGAGCUCAUCCCCACCAUGGGCCUUACCGAGGACAUGCUGGCCAUCCUGCCCAAGUCAGAUCAAUGCACCAGGGACGUCAGCUGAAGGACCAUGUGUCCCCCAGACCUAGUGGACAACAGGCUCUGCACCCCACUCCGUGGUGCUCCUUCCCAUCCUGCAGGCUCUGCCAGACCCCCUGCUCCAUACCAGGAUCACCCUCAACCUCCUAAAUAAAUAGAUGCAGAAGAUGCCCCA